AUGGCCGAUCCCAACGCGACGCCUCUCCCAGACGGUGUCGACGCACAAAUGCCGCAGCACGAUGCUACUGCUGCUGCCGCGACGACGAACGGCACCGACACAAAUGGCAGUGUGGAUGUGGAGAUGAAGGAGGAUACACCAGCUGACACGGCCACCCUCCCACCCGCCGGCACCGCCACCGCCGUUGCGCCCGCCACCGCCUCAGCAGACACGCCGGGCAACGCAACGCCGCCCGUCGCCAGCACCUCGACGCCGCCCCCGCCAGCCAUAGCCGCGCCCGCGCCCGCCGCUGCGGCAGCAUCCACGACCUCUUCCACCAUGGCCCGCACCGGCUCCCCCCGCCCCGGAAGCUCGACGCCGAGCCGGCAACAGCAACAGGCGCACGCGGCGCAGCUACAGCAGCAACAAGGACAGCAAGGGCAACCAGGGCAGCCGCAGCAACAACAGCAGCAGGAUCUGCCGACGCAGCCAAACCCGCACGGAAGCCCUACGCGCGUGUAUCUGAACCAGAACGUGACGCCGCAUUUGUUGGAGGGCAUGAAGAGGGUUGCGCUCUUGGAGCCCGAGAAACCCUUGAAGUGGCUGUCGGACUUCCUCGCCGAGAGGAGCAAGGAGUACGAGCGCGAUUAA